CUCCUAACUCAGGAACGGUUAAACCUACUCAGCUGUCUUCGUCGCCGGCGGCCCUACCAGCCGCGAACGACACCCUCCCUCCCAGGAUGAACGCAGCCGCACAUGCAACAGGAAACACUUUGUACUCUGCCGCUUCCACCAACUUUCUGGGCACAGAACUGGUGUUUCAGAGACAUGGACCGAACCCUCUCAAGACUGAAAUGAAACACUCCUGGUUCAACGAGCCUACCAUGAUUUCCUUAAGCCUUGCCGAAGCAAGCAAAAACAGUGAGGGCGGUGAAGACGACAAUGUAUUCUUGUUCUUCACUGAGAACGCUGUAGAGGAACGUCAUGGCAACAUCCAGGUGUCAAGGAUUGCCCGUGUGUGUAAGGUUCUCUGGUUCUAG